UCCGGUUCUGUAGUAGAGAUGGAAUUCAGAAACAACUAUCAACUAUAACCCCAAAAGAACCAGAUUCCGUAAACAACAUAGAGGAAGAAUGAAGGGAAUAUCUUAUCGAGGUAAUCAUAUUUCUUUCGGUAAAUAUGCUCUUCAGGCACUUGAACCUGCUUGGAUUACAUCUAGACAAUUAGAAGCAGGCCGACGAGCAAUGACACAAAAUGCACGUCGUGGUGGAAAAAUAUGUGUACGUAUAUUUCCAGACAAACCAGUUACACUAAGACUCGCAGAAACACGUAUGGGUUCAGGAAAAGGAUCCCCUGAAUAUUGGGUAGCUGUUGUUAAACCGGGUCGAAUACUUUAUGAAAUGGGUGGAGUAACAGAAAAUAUAGCCAGAAGGGCUAUUUCACUAGCAGCAUCCAAAAUGCCUAUACAAACUCAAUUCAUUAUUUCCUAAUGUAAUAGAAAAAAAUCUAGAAAGGGCUCUUAGAUAUGAAACAAAACCGCAUGUUUCUUUUUUUGGACAAAAAUAUUUCUUUUUUUUUCUUCGCCCUGUGCAUUCA